AUGGAGGAGGACCACGGGGAGGCGCAGGCGCAGCACGGCAGGGCCCAAGAGCUGCAGCGGACCCGCGUCGCGGACCUCCAGCAGCGGCUCCUGGAGAUGGAGGAGAAGUGCCAGGGCCACCAGCAGGAGGGCGACCGGCUCAAGAGGGAUCUCGAGGAGGCGAAGAACGAGCUGGAACGCGCGGGUAUGGCGCUCAGGCAGGAGCAGGACCGGUUCGAGCAGACCCUCGAGGCGAAGGAGGCGUCGGCGCGGAGCGGCGAGAGGGUGCUGCAGAGCCAGCUCGAGGAGAAGGACACGCUGCUAGAGCACCGCGACUCCACCAUCCGCAACCUCGAGAAGGACCUGGAGGACGCGAAGAAGAAGGCGGCCGAGCUCGAGGAGGCGGUGGCCAGGUCCAGAGAGGAGGGGGAGUCCAAGGCCCACCUCGCUGGCGUCCGCAACGCCCAGCUGGAGGGCGAGGUGCGCCGGCGCCAGGAGCGCCUGGACGAGGUGGAAGGCCGGCUGGAAGCGCAGAGGCAGUACCUCGAGCAGGUCCAGAGCACGCUGGGCCAGGAGCGGGAGGACAAGGGGAAGAUCCUGGAGCUGAAGGGGUCACUGGAGGCGCAGCUGCAGCUGGAGAGCACCCACAAGCAGGCGGUCAGCGAGUCUCUCCACAGAGCGCAGGAGGACUCCGAGCGGCGCAUCAAGGUUUCUGCAUUGGAAGCAGAAAGGUUGGAGCUUGAUAUGUCAGAGGUUGGGAACAGUUACAAGCAGAGGGUGCAUGACUUUCACGGACAGGGUAGCGAGUGGCUUGUAGAGAUCAGGGUGGCGGUCCGCGUAGAGGCUGAAUGGGGGGUGGGUGGUUCGGUGGGAACCGUCAGCGUAGCGCAGAGGGUAGGGGCAGGGAGCAAAGAGUCGGAGGUAGGCGCCCUGCCGGUGCUCGCAGGCACCCUGCCUGUGCUCGGAGGCAGCGGGAAGGGCGGCCGCAGCCAGCCCUCGCUCGCGUGGUCCGCUGCGUCAGACUCGGCGCCCCGGCCCGUGCCCCUGGAGCCGCGCCGGAGGCGCCGCGACGGCGACGAGGGGCAGCCCUUCCCGCUGCCGUGCGGCGUGGAGGCCGCGCUGCAGGGCCGCUGGCACGCGGGGCCGCUGCUGGGGCCCCUGACCGUCGAGGGGCCCCACGUGAGGUACGACACCGCGCUGGGUGGCGAGCUGCUUCUCCUCACAGGCUCCAGCGACGGCAGAGUCUCCCUGGGCAAGUGGAAGGCUGCGGUGGAGGGUGCCGCGCCCAAGAGCCUGCGGUGGGCCGACAUCGGCGACGCCGAGGAGGUGAACGUGAUCGUCUGGGAAAGGCUUGCAGGGCGCGGCCCCCGCCCGCUGGCCGCUGGCGCGGCCGCCGCAGGCGAGGCUGGUACUCUCCUGGCAUCUCUCGGCGAUGCGUAG